GUCGGGCUACCAAGUCCGCCAUCCAGGAGAAGAGCCGAGAGAUUGGCAAGCUCAAGGAGCUGCUGGCAGUGAAGCAAGGGGUCGACGACAUUGACACGGACGAGGUCGUCGAGCCAGAUGCCCGGGAGGCGCUGGCUGAGCUCGCCGCGGCGCUCCAG